UAAUGGAGACCGCGUGGACUGUAUCUGAAUGCAGCUUCCUCCGGUGUUUCUCUUAUUGCAGCGAUACUGCGUUAACUCUGUAAAUCGGAGGAGUGAGACUUUAAAUAAAUAGCCACUGGGAAGAAAGAGAGGGAUUGAGUGAAAGACCGGGACGGGGGAGUGAGGCAGGAAAACCUAAAUCAGAGAGAACUGAGGGGUUUUGACUCAUGCAAUUCCCCUGAACUUCUCCAUGCUUCAGGCAACGUUUCUAUGAUGUGCCUUCUACAUGGCGUCUUUUUUUCUCAGAACAGCAUAAAGGUCUUCCUUUGGGGAGAUAGGUCUGAUUUCUUAAAAUUAUUUUCUGGGUAACAGAAAAAUUUGGGAGAACUGCGUUUAGCUGCAAACGAGGGAAGCCAGUGCAACAAUCUGGACUGUGAAUGAGAUGAAGUGGAUUUAAGAAAUACAAAUUAUUUUGCAUUGACAAGAAUUUGGUGAAGAUGUCCUUUAUGAAAGUGCCUGUCGUCGAUGUCCACAUUGACAAUUUUAAGGAGAUUUGGCCAUCUAUACUGCUUGCAGUAAGGACAGCGAAUUUCAUAGCUCUUGAUACUGAACUGAGUGGACUUGGGACACGAAAAGCUUUGCUGGCACAGUCAAUUGAAGACCGAUACAAAGCAAUUUGCCAAGCUGCCAGAACUCGUUCUGUUCUAUCUCUUGGGAUAGCAAGUUUCAAAGAGUUAUUAGACAAACCAGGUGGUACCUAUUUGAGUCAGGUGUACAACAUCACCCUCCUGUGCAUGGAUGAAUACAUAAUUGAGCCACAGUCUGUUCAGUUCUUGGUCCAGCAUGGCUUUGAUUUCAAUAAACAGUAUUCUAAAGGAAUUCCAUACCACAAAGGGAACGACAAGCCUAAUGAAUGUCGUGGUCAGAAUAUGAGAGCUCUAUUCCUCGAAAUGAUUCAGUCAAAGAAGCCUUUAAUUCUUCACAAUGGGCUGAUUGACCUGGCAUUCUUGUACCAGUGUUUUUAUGCGAACCUACCAGACCAGCUCACGACCUUCACAGCUGACCUGUUUGAGAUGUUUCCAGCUGGGGUUUAUGAUACUAAAUACGCUUCAGAAGUUGAAACUCGCUUUGUGUCUUCCUACUUGGAAUAUGCCUACAAAAAAUGCAGAAGGGAAAAUACCAGAUUAAUUGACACUAGCAACAAUCAUCUCUCCGUUGAGUUCUGUAACUAUCAACAGGCAUUCACAGGUUAUAUUGACUAUCGGUACUGCAACCUCCCAGAAGCUGAUGAAAAGGUUACAGAAGAGAGUAAAAUGGGGAUAUGUGAACGGUUUUCUGCUUAUGGCUGGUGUCCAAAUGGAAUGAAAUGCUCCCUGUCACACAACACUGACCUAAUUAUUGAUGAAGAUGAACGCAUCAAUGAUAAAAGAAAGAAGAAAAAGGCAAGGAGAAAAAGGAGACAGCACUCAGUGGAAUUGAGCGACAACCCUACUGAAUGCAUAGUUGCAGAAAACAUGGUUCCUACUGAUGUCCCGCCAUCUAAGUUAUUGUGUGACAACGCAAGUGUGGAACCAGAAAGAAUGGACACUGGAGAAAUAGUACAGGAAAAGCCUUUGGGUGAUACACAACUCCCAGGGAUCACCCUAGAUGAGGAAAGUGAAGACCAUCUCUGUGGUGGAGUGGAAACGCAUGGGGAAUUUUUAAGCAACAAUAAAAAGGAAAACAACCCUGAGGAUCAAAAGUGUACAGGAACUAAAUUAAUGGAAAAGAACAAAAUGGAAAAAUAUGAAGGGGGCACCCACCGUGCAGGGUUUGAUGCUUUCAUGACUGGAUUUAUAAUGGCUUACAUUUUGAUGUGGAAAAAUGAUAGCACAAAGAUGGAUCCUUGGCUCCCUGACUGCCACAAUAAACUUUAUCUGAGUGGGAAGGCCAUUCCCUUACAGAUUUGUAAAAGUUCAUUCUCAAAAUCCUCAAAAGCUCACCAGGCCAAGAUUGAAUUGCUCUGGGGAAAGCACUGAGGUCUGAACCAUAAAGAAAUCUAAUGCAACCAUUUUUUUUUAAAUAAACAUUUGAAUUCCAGGAAAACAGCCUACAAGUAUUCUUGUAAACCUGUUCAAAGAAUGUAAUAAAUCUACAGAAAACUU